AUGGAGUUGGAGGUGAUCGAGCAUUUACAACAGUGCUCAUGCAACUGCAACCAUAUGGGAUACGGAAAUGUUAUAGAUUAUCAACAGACCGUUCUCCAGGACUUACCGGACUUAACUGAAAUCCACUGCAAUGGCAUUCCGGAUCGAAAUAAUCCUGCUGACGUCACCAGGUUAUCACCAGAUGCCACCGAAGUCCACAGGCCAAAGAAAACCGAAGGCAAUUCCAAAAGACGAUACAUUUGUAUCGUCUUUUGUGUCUUAACCGUCCUGGUUGCAUCCGGAGUCGGCGUUCCAUUUUCCUUAGGCAUCGUGCCAGGGCUAAGGAGCAGCUCGCAGAAUAGGCUAGAGAUUAUCUAUAAGCUGCUCAAGGAUAACCCACUAAUUGAUGGUCACAACGAUCUUCCAUGGAAUCUACGUCGGUUCGGACACGGUAGUAUUGCAGGGGUCAAUUUAAGCUCAUCGGUAGCUACAAUUGACCCUUGGGCCACGUCACCCUGGUCCCAGACCGAUAUCCCGCGACUGAGGAAGGGGCAGCUGGGUGCCCAGUUUUGGUCAGCGUAUGUUCCUUGUGGGGCGCAAGGUCUGGAUGCAGUGCAGAUUGUUCUAGAACAAAUAGAUUUGAUUCGCAGACUAUCUGAGCUACAUCCGAGGCACUUGUCACUGGUCACCUCAACCAAAGGCAUUUUGGAAGCUUACAAAGCCGGUAAAAUAGCUUCCUUAAUAGGAGUAGAAGGUGGACAUGCCAUCGACGGAUCUCUCUCCGUUCUAAGAGCCUUGCAUAUGCUGGGGGCACGAUAUUUGACAGUAACCCACUCUUGUGACACCAGCUGGGCUGGUGCAGAAGAUUCGGAAAGAGGGCUAAGUGAUUUUGGCAGAGAAGUGAUACGCGAAAUGAAUCGUCUAGGAAUUAUGGUAGAUUUAUCCCAUGCCUCGUUGACUACAGUUAGAGAUGUAUUAAAUGUAACCAGGGCUCCAGUAAUUUUUUCACAUUCUUCUGCCAAAGCUUUGUGUAACGCAACACGUAAUGUUCCUGAUGAUAUUUUGACUUUACUUAAAGAUAAUGGAGGAUUGGUAAUGAUUAGCUUUUAUUCUUUUCACAUUGCUUGUGGUCGUACAGCAAGCAUCGCUGAUGUUGUAGAACAUAUAAAGCAUAUAAGAAAAAUAGCAGGAAUAAAUCAUAUUGGUUUAGGUGCAGGAUAUGAUGGCAUUGAUGUGACCCCAAGAGGUCUUGAAGACGUUUCUCGAUACCCACAUCUGCUUGCUGAGUUGUUAGAAGAUCCUACUUGGACGGAGGAAGAUGUUGCUUUGAUAGCUGGAGGUAAUUUGUUGCGAGUUUUAUCACAAAAUGAAAAAUUAACGGAACAGUGGCGAUUAGCGGCGGUUCCGCCAACGGAAUAUAUUGAUAACACUAUAAUUUCACAGUGUUCGAGAUCGAUGACAAAGUCAUGACGAUCGAGUCUAACUACUAUCGUGAAUUGCUAAAAUCAUUUCAGAUAAAUCAAUUCUUGUUACGAUAACUACUAUAAUAUAAAAAAUAA